ACAUUUUUCCUCAAAAAAACAUGUUACUCCCAAUGACAUUCCAACACUUUGUAUGAGGUUUGAGGUGCUGAUGAUUUGUUUGAUGAAUAAAUAAUUUGUAUGAGGUUUGAGUUAGACCAUAUAAUGACUCAUCUUUAAGUUUUGUGACAGACAUUGUUGGGAGCAGGUAGCGAUACAACUGUAACUUCAUUGACAUGGGCUUUGUCUUUGGUCUUGAAUAAUGAGGAUGUGUUGGAAAAGAUCCGAGAUGAGUUGGACAUGCAUGUAGGAAAAGAAAGGCUAGUCAAUGAUUCUGAUAUAAACAAUUUGACUUAUCUUCAAAACGUGGCCAAAGAAACAUUACGUUUGUAUCCAGCAGGACCUCUCUUGGUACCCCAUGAGGCUCAACAAGAUUGCAUAAUAAACAAGUACCAUGUUUUCAAGGGCACACGUUUAUUGAUAAAUGCUUCAAAGAUCCAUCGUGACCCAAGCUAUUGGACGAAUCCUGAUAUAUUCAAACCAGAGAGAUUCUUGACAAAUCAACAUAACGAAAUUGAUGUGAGAGGCAAACACUUUGAACUACUUCCCUUUGGAAGUGGAAGGAGAAUAUGUCCUGCGAUUUCUUUUGCCCUUGAAACUGUGCAAUUAGGAUUGGCUAACAUUAUUCAGGGGUUUGAUGUGAGAAGACCUUCAAGUGACCUCAUUGACAUGUCUGAAGCGAUUGGACUAAGUGUCACAAAAGUGACUCCCCUACAAGUUCUCAUCACUCCACGAUUGCCUUUUCAUCUCUAUCUUUGACAAAGUUUCAUAAUCUACAAUAAUGAUAAACUAAAUGAAAUUACUAAAAACGGAGUACACCUAGUUUAGCAUGAGCAUUAAGUUUGCUUUUGAUUGAUUUGAUGUAAAAUAAGUAUUUGCAUGCAUGACAAUAUAAUGUAAGCUUUGUGUGUGAGUGCAUAAUCAAGCAAAAUCACAUGGGAAAGAAAAUAUGACUAUUAUAUUUUGUCUUUGAAUAUCUAUGUAGGACCUCAUUCAAUUCGUAACAAGUUUUGGCUAGAAAAUAUGAAUCGGUU